AAGAUCGUAUCUUACGAUUUGACGUAGAUUUACGUGAAAAUCUACUUGUGCUCCAUAGCAGCCGUAAGAAAUCACUUAGUGUUCUCAACUUCUAAAUAAAAAUGGCGACUAUAUUAUUUAUGCAGCGUUCUUUGCGCAAACAGCGUGUUUUCCGAGACAGAAGCCAGCCAUUGGAUUCUUUCGACGACUCGAAGCUCAUUUCUAGGUACCGUUUCCCUCGAAGGAUAAUUUUUGAUUUGAUCGAUGGGGUAGAUGAGCAACUUCGGCCAUAUACAGAAAGAUCACAUGCUAUCCCCACUCAGUUGCAGGUCCUAUGUACGUUGCGUUACAUUGCAAAAGCAGAUUUCUUUUCGGAAGUUGGAGAUGUUCACGGGGUUUCGAAAUCGUCCGUUUCAGUAUGUUUACCAAGGGUGUGUCAAGCCCUUUGUGAGCACUUGCAGAACAUUAAAUUCCCAUCUUCAGUGCACUCUUUAAGGAAAAUAAAAGACGAAUUCCACAGCAUCGCCCGUUUCCUCAACGUGGUAGGGGCUAUUGACGGGACCCUCAUCCCCAUCAAAGGGAUGGGUACCGAGGAUGAACACAUAUAUGUAUCGAGAAAAAAAUUUCAUGCCCUUAAUAUCCAAGGGGUUGUGGACGCAGAGAUGAGAUUUCUAAACAUCAAUUGCCGAUUCCCAGGCAGUGCGCAUGAUGCAUACAUCAUGUCAAACUCCACCAUUCCGGACAUUAUUGCUAAAUUGCCAGAGGGUGGUUGCCUGCUGGGUGACUCUGGUUAUCCGUUGAAAGAUUUUCUUAUGACACCCUGGUCUGGCAGUCAAACAAAGGGGAAAUUGGAUUUGAAUUGUGAUUUGAAUUGUACAGGUGCAACCGGAGAUAGCAGUGCAACAUCUAACAAUGUUUCAGAAUGUGUGGUUGACAUACAUGUAACUUCUGAAGAGCCCUCAAUUCCAUGUACUGCAUCAGAGAGUUUGAAGAAAGAUUUGAAGAAGAGUCAAGAUUCUAGCAGGAGAAAAGCUGAGCAAAAUGGAAUGGAAGAGUUUGUAAGAAUGAAGAAGAAAAAGUCGGAAUUAGAGGAAAGAAAAGUUAUAGCUCUAGAAAAAAUUGCAAACACUCUUGAAAGAUUUCAGGACCAUCAAGCCUCAGAGUUUUCUCUCUCUCCCAUCAUUAAGUUUUAAAUAUUUAAUUCUACUUUUGAUGAUCAAAUAUUUAUAGACUUUGCCUCAUAGGCUUAUUAUCUCUA